UGUCGCUACUAAGCAACCUUCCGUGUGGUAGCAGAACCUUGUGCCAAGAUUGUUGUGAGACAUUUCAGUUCCGAUACCCAUCGCCACACAUUGUGUCUUUGCCUUUUAUUGCCCUGUAGCCAAUCGCACCGACGGCCAAAUGACGAAGUCCGGACGAAAUCUGCCCCUGAGCACACAGGGGCCCCUCGAAUGCGCCUUGCGGGGAACCGUGCUUCUCAACCACCCUUACUUCAACAAGGGCUCGGCGUUUUCCAGCGAAGAGCGUCGCGACUUUGGCCUGUCGGGUCUCUUGCCACCAAGCAUCCAGACCCUCGAGCAGCAGGUCAAGCGGGCAUAUGACCAAUACUCCAGCCGGGCUGAUGACCUCGCCAAGAACACCUUCUUAACAUCCAUGAAGGAGCAGAAUGAAGUGCUUUACUUCAAGUUGAUCCAGGACAACAUCCAGGAGAUGUUCAGUGUCGUCUACACGCCAACCGAAGGCGAUGCCAUCCAGAACUACUCACGCCUGUUCCGGCGACCGGAGGGCGUAUUUCUGAACAUCCACGACGUGGACCGUGUCCGCCACGACCUGUCCAAGUGGGCCACGGCCGAUGACAUCGAUUACAUUGUCGUGACCGAUGGAGAGGAGAUUCUCGGCAUUGGCGACCAAGGCUGCGGCGGCAUCUUGAUCUCAAUCGCCAAACUUGUCCUCACGACCGUGUGUGCGGGGAUCCACCCAAACCGCGUCUUGCCGGUUAUCCUUGAUUGCGGCACAGACAAUGAAGAGCUCUUGAAGGAUCCGUUGUACCUGGGCCUGCGGGAGAAGCGCGUCCGGGGCGAGCAGUACGAUAACCUGGUUGACACCUUUGUCAAGUCGGCGCGGGAGCUUUUCCCGAAGGCUUACAUCCACUUUGAGGAUUUCGGCCUGUACAAUGCACGGCGCAUCCUCGACAAAUAUCGUCCUGAAAUUCCCUGCUUCAACGAUGACGUUCAAGGAACUGGAUGCGUGACGCUGGCUGCCAUCAUGGCCGCGCUGCGCGUGUCAAACCUGGCACUGGGCGAUCUUCGCAUGGUCAUUUUCGGUGCGGGAACUGCCGGCGUUGGAAUCGCCGACCAAGUCCGCGAUGCCAUAUCAACCGAGGGUGGCAUUAGCAAGGAGGAGGCUGCCAAGCAGAUAUGGCUGGUCGAUAAGCCUGGAAUUCUCACGGCCGAAGUUGAGCACUUGUCUGGCGCCCAGAAGGGCUAUGCCAAGGCAGAGGACGAGUGGAAGGGCAAAGAACGCAAUUUGCUCAGCGUGAUUCAGGAGGCGAAACCAAACGUGCUUGUCGGCACGUCGACAGUGCCGAAAGCGUUCACUGAGGACAUUGUUCGCGCCAUGGCCUCUCACGUUGAGCGGCCCAUCAUCCUGCCGCUGUCCAACCCGACGCGCCUCCAUGAAGCGGUCCCCGCGGAUCUGCUGGCUUGGACAAAUGGCAAGGCACUUGUUGCCACCGGCAGUCCCUUUGACCCAGUCCGGGGCCCGUGGGGAGCUGAUGGGGAACAGAUUGAGAUUUCCAUUGCCGAGUGCAACAACAGCGUCGUGUUCCCCGGCAUUGGGCUUGGCUCCGUCCUCUGCCAGGCCCAGCGCGUGACAGACAAGAUGCUCGUGGCGGCGGUGAACGGCGUGGCUGAGCUUGGCCCGGCCAUCCAGGAUAAGGACGCGACGGCACCGCUGCUGCCCGGCGUCGGAGCAGUGCGCGAUGUCAGCGUGCGCGUGGCCCGCAAAGUCAUUCAAGCAGCAGUCGAGGAAGGCCAGGCGACUGAGAAGGAAAUUCCGACAGAUGACGAGGAAUUGGACGAAUGGAUACGCGAGCAGAUGUGGGACGCAAAGUACAGGCCGUUGAAGUACGUCGACAUAGAAGACGCGAGCCCGCAAGCCAAGGGCGACAUGCGCGUGGUGGGAAGCUUGGAAGGCAAGAAAAAUUAAUUAGGCACAGCGGAUUGGUGGGGUAUUAACAGGCAUCCGGCAGUAUUUGCGUGUAGUCUGUUAGCGUCUCUGCAGCCAGCGCAUUGGACACCACAUCAGGCCUAUUCGCCAAAUCCUUUUCGCUUCUUCCACAGUUGCAAAUAAUAACCUUUGCAUUACAAAA